GUGGGCCAGCCCGAGUUGCUCGUUGCUGUGUACGAGAAGGCGGUGAAGAAAAAUCCCUACCAUGAAGAGUUUGCCCAGAGUCUGUUCUACUCGUAUACACGCGUGAACAAGUACAAGGAGAUGCAGCAACUGGCUAUGAACUGUUACAAACAGUUCAAGACGGAUGUGUACUACUUUUGGGCGGUCAUGUGUAUGCUGUUGCAGGCCAAAGAGCAGAUCAAGCAAGGGGUAUGUGCGAGCUUUUAG